UUGUCCUUCUCUGCGACUAUACAAGAGACGAGAGGAGAGAGAGAGAGAGAGAGAGAGAGAGAGAGAGAUUUGUAUUUGAUCUCUAAUUAAUGGUUGAUGGAUUGAGCUUCUCAUCGGGAAGAAUGGGGAAACUGUACGUAAACGCAGUGCCCCCUCCCGAUCUGAACAAGAACACGGAGUGGUUUAUGUAUCCAGGGGUCUGGACCACAUAUAUCUUGAUCCUCUUCUUCUCAUGGCUUAUGGUGCUUUCUGUCUCCGGAUGCACCCCUGGCAUGGCUUGGACCAUCGUCAAUCUCUGUCAUUUCGUCGUCACUUAUCACUUCUUCCACUGGAAGAAGGGAACUCCAUUUUCUGAAGAUCAAGGUAUAUAUAAUGGACUUACUUGGUGGGAGCAGAUGGACAAUGGCAAGCAGCUCACUCGCAAUAGGAAGUUUUUGACUGUUGUACCUAUGGUACUGUACUUGAUUGCCUCGCACACAACUGACUACCAACAUCCGAUGCUCUUCCUGAACACUCUUGCGGUGUUUGUACUGGUGGUUGCCAAAUUCCCAAACAUGCACAAGGUCCGCAUCUUUGGAAUCAAUGGAGACCACUGAGUUGACCCAUAGAUGACAAGGCACUGUGGUUGUACUUCUGUAAAAGCCUUCAAUCGUUGAUGGUUUAUAUUCCUGUACAGGAGUCAGGAUUGGAAGGGGUACUUUACUUUUCUUUUAUCCUUUUACUUGACAAGUGAGCGUUGUUUGGCAUGGACUGCUUUUACAAAGUUAUAUUUGUCUGUUAGAUAUGAGAAUAAUAAGUGUAUUUGAUAUCCACUGUACAGUUGAAAAAUUCUCCUGGAGAAUUUUUAGUGCUGUUAUUCUCAUCUU